AUGAUCGAAUUUCUCUAUACCCUGCAAUACUCCACUGCCUCUGAGAGUUACGUCGAAGCUUCAGUUCCCGAAACAGCACCAGACAACGGAAAGCUAGCUACCAAGCAGCCCCAGCCAGAGCAGGUUGUCUGCAAGACUGCCAAUACGAGGAAAAACAAAAAGGCAGCAUACACUGAGCAUUCAACGAUGUAUGCUCUCGGAGACCGCCUGAUGAUUGAAGGCCUGAAGAGCCAUGCAAAGGAGUUGUUUGAAUGGAAACUGAAUUCCCCAACCGGUUUAUAA